AUGGACACAAGUCCUCUGGGAGGAUUAGAACUGUCUGAACAUAGACCUGGUCUACUCAGGAAUACCACCAUGGCAGCAGGUCUUGCAAACGUAGGAAAUACAUUUGGAGGUCCACCAAGUUCUUUAGUUUCCAGACCUAAUAAAUUCCAAAACUCACCUAUAGAAGAUGACGAUGAUGUAGUUUUUAUCGAACCUGUACAACCUCCACAAAAUUCUGCAUCACUGAUAGCAGAUCAAAGGAACACUGCAUUUACAUCAUCAAAAAAUGAAGAACUUCAAGGGAACGAUUGCAAAAUGCUUCCUCCUCCAAAAGACUUAAAUUCUCAAAAGGGGAGUAUAAGUGAAACUAUUAUUAUUGAUGAUGAAGAAGACAUUGAAACAAAUCAAGGACAAGAGAAGAAUGCUUCCAGUUUUAAUGAGCGAAGACUUCCAGAGUGUAAAAACAGAACCAACAAUAUGGAAUUCUCAGCUUCCGGUUUUUCAAGAAGUAAGGUAAAUUCAGGAAUAGGUAAUAGUUGUAUAACCACAGAACCAGACUCUGAAAUUCAGAUUGCUAAUGUUACUACAUUAGAAACAGGUGCUAUGAGCUCUGUGAGUGAUGGUCAUUUAGAAAAUGCUGAAGGGCGUGACAUGAACUUAAUGAUUACACAUGUAACAUCACUGCAGAAUGCCAACUUGGGAGAUGUAUCUAAUGGACUACAGUCAAGUAAUUUUGGUGUUAAUAUGCAAACAUACACCCCAUCUUUGACUCAACAGAGUAAGCCUGGUGUAGGACCUUUCAAUCCUGGUAGAAUGAAUGUGGCUGGAGAUGUAUUUCAAAAUGGAGAAUCCGUGACUCAUCAUAAUCCUGAUUCUUGGAUAUCCCAGUCAGCUUCCUUCCCUAGGAAUCAGAAGCAAUCAGGUGUGGAUUCCUUGUCACCAGUAGCAUCGCUUCCUAAACAGAUUUUCCAGCCUUCUGCCCAGCAGCAGCCUCCUAAACAGGUUAAAGUCACAUGUGCAAACUGCAAAAAGCCUUUACAAAAGGGACAGACUGCCUAUCAGCGAAAAGGAUCAGCUCACCUUUUUUGUUCUACUACCUGCCUCUCAUCAUUCUCACACAAACCCACUCCAAAGAAACUUUGUGUUAUGUGCAGAAAAGAUAUAACAACAAUGAAAGGUACCAUUGUUGCUCAAGUUGAUUCCAGUGAGUCUUUCCAGGAGUUUUGCAGUACGUCAUGUUUAGCCUUCUAUGAAGAUAAACAGAAUCCCUCGAAAGGAGUUUUGAAUAAAUCAAGAUGCACUAUUUGUGGUAAACUAACUGAGAUUCGUCAUGAAGUUAGCUUUAAAAAUAUGACUCAUAAGCUCUGCAGUGAUCAUUGCUUCAAUAGAUACAGGAUGGCAAAUGGUUUAAUAAUGAAUUGCUGUGAGCAUUGUGGGGAGUAUUUGCCCAGUAAAGGAGCUGGAAACAAUAUUCUUACUGUUGAUGGUCAGCAGAAAAGAUUCUGCUGUCAGAACUGCGUUGGUGAAUACAAGCAGCUAUACCAAAAGGGACAGGAUAGGUUUCCAAGAUACUAAAAACAUAGGCAUGCCCAGAAGCCAUGGAAAGACUUGAAGAAACGUUGAAUACUGUCUCUCGAAGAAACAAAAAGGCAUGCCAUUAACUUUGAACUUGAGACAUUCCCACACAACCAGUAUAACAUGCACUGCACAUGGAAUUAUGAAAUGAACGUGGAAUUUUGAGAGGUUGAAUGAUAAAUCUGUACUUAACUCAUUACAGACUGUACUCUUAUUUGUUCAGAUAUUGUUGUAUUUUGUGUUUAGAUAUGUAUUUGAGAAUGAGAAGGAUAUGGGUAGCAAGCUGUAUGUUCCAGUUCGAUCUGGGGAGGAGGAGCAGUUUGCAGUACCAGGAACCUUCACAAGUAGUGUUGAGUAUUGUGCAUUAUUGUGAGGAUCCUUAAGAGAACCUUUAAAAUUGAGACGCAUUUUUUUGGUGUUCUGACAGCAGACUUUAUUCAAGCAA